GUUGACUUCCUUGGUGGCCGGGGAGACAUCACCGCCCGAUUCACCACAAAUAUCCGAUCGGUCUUCGUGAUUUCCGUCUACGUACAUUUUCCAUCUCAGUAGUAUAUCUAUUGAAUCCCGGUGAAUUGAUUUUUCAACAGCUUAUAGCUAUUCUGCCUUCGUUUCUGACAUUCUCGAAUACCCCCCUUAACAGCACCACUUCACAACAUGGCCUCGAUAUGUAGAUCGUUGCGACCCCUCGCUAAAAACAUCAGACCUCUUUCCACCCUCAGCCCCGCCACUCGAGCUCUUCCUCGAAGAAGUCUCCUGUCGUCGUAUGUUCCGGGCAGCUCCAGAUACAGUCAGACCUCUAACUCGUCCUGUUCACAGACAAAAAGCAUGCCUUUCCACCUCGCGUCCGCGCAGUGCCGAACCGUACAUGCCUGACGAUGUCGACACUUCUGCCCUCACUCCCACACCCAUCACGCAUUUCUCGGAAACAGAGAUCAUGUUGGCCGAGUCUAUUCAGAAGUGGUCAGAAGAGGUGGUUGCUCCCAAGGUCCGAGAGAUGGACGAAUCGGAACAGAUGGACCCCGCCAUCGUCGAACAGAUGUUUGAACAGGGCCUGAUGGCUUUCGAGAUUCCAGAAGAAUAUGGUGGAUCAGGCAUGAAUUUCACGUCCGCUAUUGUUGGUAUCGAAGAGCUGGCCCGAGUUGAUCCUUCCGUCUCCGUACUCUGCGACGUGCACAACACCCUGGUCGUAACUGCUAUCCUCAAAUAUGGCAGUGAAGCUCUUAAGAAGGAAUGGUUGCCCAAGUUGGCCACCAACACUGUUGGAUCUUUCUGUCUGUCGGAGCCCGCUUCCGGCUCAGAUGCAUUUGCUCUCAAGACAAAGGCCGUCAGGACCGAGAAUGGCUACAAGAUCAAUGGAUCCAAGAUGUGGAUUACAAAUUCGAUGGAGGCCGACUUUUUCAUUGUCUUUGCCAACCUCAACCCUGAGGCUGGGUACAAGGGUAUUACGGCCUUUAUUCUCACCAAGGACAUGAAAGGCUUUGCGGUUGCUAAAAAGGAGAAGAAGCUGGGCAUCCGCGCAUCUAGCACCUGUGUCAUCACCUUUGACGACGUUGAGAUUCCAAAGGCCAAUCUCCUCGGCAAAGAGGGACAAGGCUACAAAUAUGCCAUUGGACUGCUCAACGAAGGCCGAAUUGGCAUUGCUGCCCAGAUGACCGGUCUUGCUCUUGGUGCAUGGGAGAACGCAGCCAAAUAUGUCUGGAAUGAUCGCAAACAAUUCGGACAAUACAUUGGCGAAUUCCAAGGCAUGCAACAUCAGCUCGCUCAAGCGUACACCGAGAUCUGCGCCGCUCGAGCUCUGGUCUUCAAUGCCGCCAGAAAGAAGGAAGCCGGCGAGGACUUUGUGACUGAUGCUGCCAUGGCAAAGCUGUACGCCAGUCAGGUGGCCGGCAGAGUCAGCUCUCUUGCCGUAGAGUGGAUGGGUGGCAUGGGAUUUGUGCGUGAGGGUAUCGCCGAAAAGUUUUUCCGAGACAGCAAGAUCGGUGCCAUCUAUGAGGGAACAUCCAACAUUCAACUCACCACCAUUGCAAAGGCUCUACAAAAGAAGUACACCUCAUAAAUUGAGCUCGAAACAUGUAUAUAUUUUGGUGUCGAAUAGCCUAGAUUGUGAGGGGCUGUAUUUGGUUCUAUCUAGUCUGUAGGAUGAAUAAAGUCCUCCCGGACACCCGGAUGUUUCAAACGA